UAUAUAUGUUGAUGAUGCAGGAAAAGGAGGAACCGAGCUCUCGAACGUCCGGCCGCAACUCUGUGGACGAGAGGGAAGAUAAUUUGGGAGGAGAAGAAACCACAAAAUCUCACUUCUUAUCUAUUGAUGACAUUCUGAAAGAUAAGCACACAGACACGGGUAACAGCGACAACUCUCGAAACGACUUAAAAAAGUAUGACGUUGCAAUGCCGUCGCUGCGAGUACCGGAAGUGACGGAUACAUGUGUGACCGGUUCAUGUGUGGACAGUCCAAGGCCGGAUGUGUUUGGUUCCAGUCUUCCCUCGCUGGACUACAUGGCAUACGCCCGUCCCCCACAGGUCCUGCCCUACCCCUACACGCUAGCCAGGCCCUUUGGGGUCUUCCAGUCCACAUCUUGGCUGUGUCAGUCGCUGUAUCAGAGGCAGGCAUACAUAGAAGCCCAGAGAAGCUCUCGGCGUCAGCGAAGGGUGAACAUCGACCGGAAGCCGCGACAGGCGUAUUCAACAAAACAACUGGAGAGGCUAGAGGAAGAGUUUAAGACCGACCGUUACCUGAGCGUCAUUAGGUGAGAAUACGAGUUGUCCAAUACACCUGUAUAUACUCCCCCAGACUCAGAUAAAGAGCAA